AUGCCGAAGAAGUCGAGUAAAUCAGCGUCCUGGGAUCAUCGUGGCGGCCGUGCAGCUACAUCCUUAGACACCAAUAAGCGUUGGUUGGCCGACAAGCACUAUUUCGCACACGACGACCGUGUAGUGAGACCAGGCCUUGGUUCGUAUGUUGGGGGAAAUAGACUCCGCGUAUCAUUCAAGACGCAAAGACCAAGUAAAGAGAUUAGGCGUAAUUUGAAUCUCGCAAAUCUGGAUGAAGACAUUCCAAUGACCAUGAGUUCCAAUAAUAAUGCAAGACAAGUAAUUAUCCGUGAAAGAACACGUGGUGGUUGUUCUCGAGGAAGAAAUAGUCCUUUGCCAAGUAGAAAUUUUCAGGGAGGUCAACCUACUGGAUCGAGAAUGCGGCAACCUCGAUUAGGCGAAUCUGAUUGGUAUAAGAUUUGUAUUCCAUUCGGCCACAAGUAUGAGAAAGAUUAUGUCUUGAGAAAUCUGUUGAACUACAUGGCGCCUGAAGCAUUCAUACCCAUUACUUAUAAAGUAAUGGACAAUAGUGCUAUCUUUUACGUUGACGAUCAGAAAGCAGCGAACGCAUUGGCAAAUUGCGAUCGCAAGAUUACGAUGACAGACGGCUUCAAGUUGCAAAUAAGAGUGAAGCCGGGAUUUCCGCAGUUUGAGAUCGAUGAUAAGUUGAAAGAACGUCUGAAGCAAGCUAUGGGGAAACGAUAUAUAGCAGAAACAAAUGCCCUGGAUUUAUCCAAGUUCCAUCAAGAUGUUGAUCUUGUUGCUGAUUAUUUCUGCGCAUUAUUUCGUCCUGUGAUGUUAAUGGCAGUAUUGGACAUUGUGGGUGAACAUAUACCUACAUUGGAAGCCUUAAAUUUGGAAGGCAAUAAACUUCAUAUUAUCCAAGGGCUUGGAAUCUUGAACAAAAAGUUUCCAAAAUUGAAGAUACUUUAUAUUGGAGACAAUAAGAUCCGAGAAAUGCAUCAAAUAGACGUUCUGAAAGACCUCAAGUUGGAGGAAUUGCGGUUGAAUGGAAAUCCUGUUUGUAAGAAAUACAAGUCUCGGCAAACCGAUUACGUAAGUGACGUCCGGAAACGGUUUCCGAAGUUGAUGAGAUUGGAUGGGACAGAAUUACCACGGCCAAUAGUAUUUGAUGUGGUGGAUGAAGCAGCCAAAGCACCAUCAUCACAAAGAAUAUUUGCCUCGAGCGCGAAGGCACAUGAAGUCGCCAGCCGAUUCCUUCAGCAGUACUUCAUGAUAUUCGACAGCGAUAAUCGCCAAUCGCUGUUGAAUGCUUAUAAUGAGCAGGCGUGUUUUAGUUUAACGAUUACAUACACCCACGCUAAAUUGAACGGUUAUCUCACAGAAAACCGAAAUUUGUUUAGGGUGAACGAUACCUCUAAAAGAAUGAAAUUAUUGAAAACUGGUAAAUUACCAGUGGUAUCGUUUCUUUCGGAGAUGCCGCAGACAAAGCAUCUUCUCGAUUCUUUCACGAUGGACAUCACGUUACCAACACCGACGAUGAUGUUCGUUACAUUGACGGGCUACUUCCAAGAAGUCAAUAGUAAGGAAGAGCCUAUCCGCUAUUUCAAUCGGACCUUCAUAAUAAUCCCGGAAGGUGCCGGAUAUUGUAUUUGCAAUGAACAAUUGCACAUCAGUCAACCUACCGAUGCCCAGUUAAAACAAUUGAAGAGUCAGCUGAGUCAAAGUGUACAGCCGACUCCGUUGUUGCCACAAACACCCGUGCAACAACCAACCGUGUUAAUACCACCAACACCCGUAGAACAAUCAGCUCCGUUGGUGGCACAAAUGACAACCGAAGUCGAAGUAGCAAAGCCCAUGGAGACGGCCGAAUUGAGUGAAGAGAUAAAGCAGCAGAUGGUCGUUACGUUGAGCCAGCAAACGAACAUGAAUUUACAGUGGAGCUUCAAAUGCUUAAACGAGGUACAAUGGAAUUAUGAUAACGCGUUUGCUGCAUUUCAGAACUUUUUUAAGCUUGGGCAAAUACCGUCAGAGGCUUUCGCGAAAUAAAUGUAGUCUUAUCUCGUCGCGGCAUGAAAAGCUAUCGUAUUCAUGUUCUUUUGUUGGAUAUUUCGCGCGGAUUUCUCUUUUAGCAUCUUAUAUACCAAUAAUUAAAAUAUAUUCUUGGUAGAUAUUUGCUAUUCGCGAAAACCGCAAUAUCGUAUUAAAUUAUUAAAUUCCGUAAAAAAAAAAAAAAAAAAAAAAAAAGGGGGGGGGGGG